UCUGUACCGACUACGAUCCCAAAAAAUAAAAAUUGUUUAUUCUAUGUCAUCCGCAUCGAUGUCUAAAAAGCUUUUUAUUAUUUUUGUAAUUUAAAAUGGGUUGAAAGAGAAUUAAAAGUUACUGUAGUGGAUGUGAAAACUAAAAAUAUUACUGACUAAGAAAAAUUAAGAUGUGAACAUGGCUGCAUUUAUGAAAUUAUUAGUCAUAACAAUUUGGCUUCCAUGCACAAUAGUGUACGGAUACGAGUUUAUAUCACAAUAUCCCAAGAAUCAAAAUGAGACUUACCAGUUUAAUCAUCUUGCCAUCGAUAGAGUGAGCGGCCAGGUAUACGUUGGUUCAUUGAACUCGCUUCAUCAGUUAAGCCCCGACCUGAAGCCGAUACAUGUUGUGCAGACCGGACCAAAGCUUGAUAAUCCCAGUUGUCAUGCUAGUGGUUGCCCUUCUACGGAUAUUCAAACAACAUGGACUGAUAAUGUGAACAAAAUUUUAGUGAUCGACCAAGAAGCGAGAAUCGUGAUAGCUUGUGGAUCAGUGGCUCAAGGUUCAUGUGUUAAGUAUAAACUGGGUGAUCUUUCGGCGGAACCAGACUUUGUGGCUGAGAGUGUUGCAGCGAACGAUGCGGAAGCCUCUACCUACGCGUUUAUUGGUCCCGAAAGAUACAAUUCCUGGGACCGCUCAAAUGUAUUGUAUGUGGGAACUACAUUUACAAAUAUUGGAGAGUAUAGACAUGAUGUUCCGGCGAUAUCCAGCCGAGAUCUCAUGUCACUGCAGCUGGCCCAGUUUACAUUCUCGAAGCAAAGCUUAAUACAAAUAGAUGUUAAGUACAGGGACAAUUUUCUCGUGCAAUAUGUGUAUGGAUUUAAUGCUAGUGACUAUGCAUACUUUCUUAUAAUACAGAAACACUCUCAUCUUGCUGGCAAUGAAGAGCUGGGUUAUGUGUCGCGUUUAGCGCGAACUUGUGUUAAUGAUGAUAACUACAACAGUUAUACAGAGGUGACUUUGGAGUGUAAUGUCCGGGAAGAAAAUAGUGGCAGGAUUGAAAUUGUCAAUUAUAAUUUAGUUCAAGAUGCAAAAAUAGCAAAGUCUGGUGUGAAUUUAGCUACUCAGUUUGGAAUAGAGACGGGUGAUCCUGUUUUGGUAGUAUCAUUUAGUCCAUCUAAAGGAAUCUCAAAUGAACCUACUGCAAAAUCUGCCAUUUGUGUAUAUUCAUUACAAGAAAUAGAAAUUAAGUUUAAUGAAAAUGUCCAUAUGUGUUUCAACGGUAGUACUAAGGCUCGUAAUAUGGGUUACAUUUCAGGCAUGAUAUCUGAUGGUAAAUGUCCUAGUGUCGGCUCCACUGGAAACAUCCUUAAUUUUUGUGAGGUUGGUCUUAAGAUAAGUGGUCUUUAUCCCAUCAAAGCUACAUCUGUCAUAUAUUGGAAUGAUACUUUGAUCACUUCAGUUACUAUGUCUGUGACUGGGUUGCAUACUGUAGCAUUUCUAGGUACCAGUGAUGGAACCUUGAAGAAGGUAUUAAUAGAUGCUGAAAAAGCAUUGCAGUAUUCUAGUGACACUUUACUGACUGGUCAGAGAAUGUUGCCUGACACAACCCUAUCACCUUAUGGUAAAACACUUUAUAUUUUAGCAAGAAAUACAAUAGUGCAGAUACCUACAGAAAAAUGUGCAGAGCAUGGCAAUUGUUCAUCUUGUUUGGAGUCAAAUGAUCCUCAUUGUGGAUGGUGUUCUCUAGAAAAACGAUGUACAGUGCAAAAUAUGUGUCAAAAAGGUACUCAAAGUGCACCCAGGUGGCUAUCGCAAUAUACUGGGCAGCAAUGUAUUGACUUUGAACAAAUUCUUCCAGAUAGAAUAUCAAUGUCUGAAGUGACUACUGUUCAAUUAAUUAUUAGAACUUUACCAGAACUUCCUUUUGGCGCCAAAUAUAAAUGUGUAUUUGGCAAUGCUCCCCCUAUAGAUGCAGCUGUUACAUCUAGUGGUCUGGCUUGUCCUACACCAGAGAUUAAACACAGACCUAAUAUAACCCAAAACCAAGAUCACAUAUAUGUACCACUUUCUGUUCACUCUUCAGAAACCAAUAAGGAUUUUGUUUCUCGUAAUUUUGCAUUCUAUGAUUGUUCAAAGCACAUCACAUGUCACACAUGUAUAGUGAGUGAAUGGGCUUGUAAUUGGUGUAUUUAUGAUAAUAAAUGUACUCAUGACAUGUCUGUAUGUCAGAGGACCAUUAUUAGUGGUGAAAAUAAUCCAACAAAGUUACUAAAUCAUGGCAUUGGUCACUGUCCCAGAAUCAGGCAAUAUAAGAAACCAAUCUUAUUACCAAACAAUGUUCCAAAAGAAUUAGAGCUGGAAGUGGAAAACUUGCCUCAUUUACAACCAGGUCAUACAGGAUUCCAAUGUAUUGUCAGUAUUGAGUUGGCUAAUAUGAUUUUGCCAGCAAGAGUUGAAUCUAAUCAUUUUAUAGUAUGUGACAAAACAAUGUACUCAUAUGAAGAAGAUGUUGGAGAGUAUAACAUAAGUGUUAAAGUAUUUUGGAAUCAUAAACAUUAUAUAGAUACUAUAACUAUAACCUUAUAUAAAUGUGAAAUUCUUGGAUCCCACAGAGACCAUGCAGAUUGUUCACUUUGUAUCACAAGGAAUUCUGUUUAUCAGUGCACUUGGUGUGGAAACUCAUGUUCAUACAGUGAAUCCUGUUUAGAGAAUCCUGUAACUGAGUGCCCCAAACCCCGAAUUGAUAUGAUAAAACCCCUGAGUGGACCUAUAGAAGGUGGAACAUUGGUUACCAUUGAAGGUAGUAAUUUGGGUUUAAGAGUUGAAGAAGUAACUGGAAAGGUAAGGAUUGGUGAUGUGCUUUGUGAUAUUGUAGACUUUGAGGUUUCUGUUAGCAUAACUUGUAAAACAGGCCCAUCAAAUGGUUCAGUUGUUGCUCCAGUUAUUGUAGAAAAUGAUGCAGGCUAUACAGAGUCCUCUGUAUUGUUCAGUUAUAAAAAUAUCAAAUUGCAAGGCAUUUAUCCAUCUUUAGGACCUGUUUCAGGAGGAACACAAUUAGCUAUUGGUGGGCAACAUCUUAAUAUUGGUUCAGCUAUAUCAGCAUAUUUGGAUGAGCUAUCAUGUUCUGUUAACACAACUCAGACAUCAAAUAGUAGAUUAAUAUGCAUUACCCCUAAGGCUAACACACCUCGUAUUAUUCAUACAUUGACAGUGUCCAUAGAUAAUGCUAAUCGAACCUUGUAUGGAGAUUUAUUUAACUAUACUGCUGAUCCUACAAUUAUGGAGAUAAAACCUUUAAAAAGUUUUGUAUCUGGAGGGAGAAUGAUAACUGUUCAUGGUACAAAUUUACAUACAAUACAGAAACCACUUAUAAAAUUAUAUUAUGGUAAUGAGCAGAUACCAGUUAAUACUUCAGCUUGCACUGUACUGAAUCCGAACCAAAUGGAAUGUCCUAGCCCUGCAGUAAAUAAAAAGUACCAUGAAAUAAUACAAGCAACUAAAUCCCAAACCAGUACACCACAAAUAGCUAUGAAAGUAGGCUUUGUGAUGGAUAAUGUAGAAACAAUGCAUGAUUUGGAAAAAUAUUUCAAUCCACCAAGAACUCAUAUGGUAUUUGUAGAAGACCCUCACGUUUAUCAAUUUCCAAAUCGAAUCAAGUCCUAUAAAGGUGAUCCCUUAGUUAUUGAAGGUGAAAACUUAAUCAGAGCAAGUGAUGAAACCGAUGUUAUUGUCACCAUUGGUACUCAGUCAUGUAAUGUCACUAGUCUAACUAUGCAGCAGUUGCUCUGCACUCCACCUGAAAUACAGCCCCCUAAUACGGACGAAAACGGUUUUCAAAUAAACGAUAUUAAUUUGCCUUUGGUCGUCGUAAAAAUUGGUACUAACUUACGAUUUCCAAUUGGAUAUUUACAUUACGAAUUACUUAGAAAUUAUAACUUUCCACCAGAAGCUAUAGCGGGAAUUGCAGCUGGAACUUUCUUUUUAGUUCUCAUAUUCAUGAUUGUUUUAGUAAUGUAUAGAAGGCGAAGUACAAAAGCGGAAAGGGAGUAUAAAAGGAUACAAAUUCAAAUGGACACUUUAGAGAGUAACGUAAGACUAGAGUGCAAGUUAGCUUUUGCAGAACUCCAAACUGAUAUGUCUGACUUGGCAGCAGAUUUGGAACAUUCCGGCAUUCCAACCUUAGAUCAUGUAAAUUACGUUAUGAAAGUAUUUUUCCCUGGCGUAUCUGACCAUCCAAUAUUAAAUGUUCAACGCCAGUUUAUAAAUACACCUCGGACCAAUUACGAUGCAGCAAUGGUUCAGUUUGAACAGCUAUUGAACAAUAAAUGUUUCCUGUUGUCAUUUAUAGACACAUUAGAAGCCCAAAAAUCUUUUAAUAUACGAGAUAAAGUAAAUGUCGCGUCUUUAUUGAUGGUCAUUUUGAUGGGUAAAAUGGAGUAUGCUACAGAUAUACUGAAAUCGCUACUUUUACGUCUUAUUGACAAAUCAGUUUGCACGAAGCAUCCACAGCUAAUGCUAAGAAGAACCGAAAGUGUUGUUGAAAAAAUGCUUACAAACUGGAUGGCGCUGUGUAUGUAUUACUACCUAAAAGAAUAUGCUGGUUCAUCACUCUUUUUGCUGUUUAAGGCAAUCAAACACCAGAUUGAAAAGGGUGUCGUUGAUGCUAUAACACAUGAAGCUCGAUAUUCUUUGUCUGAAGAAAAACUUCUGAAAGAACAGAUAGAUUAUCAAGUAGUAACUUUGCACAUAGUGCAAGAUGAUUUUGAUGAUAAAAUCCAAUGUAAAGUAUUAGACUGUGAUAGUGUAUCACAAGUGAAAUCUAAAAUAUUAGAUGCUUUAUUUAAAAACACUCCAUUUAGUAUGAGACCAUCCGUCCACGAUGUUGAUUUAGAGUGGAGACAUGGAAGAGGUGGUCAUGUUACUCUACAAGAUGAAGAUCUCACAACGAAAACUCUUAAUGGCUGGCGAAAAUUAAAUACAUUAGCUCAUUACGGUGUUAAGGAAUCUGCGGUUAUGUCUUUAAUAUCACGACAAAACGACAGUUUCAACACGCCUUAUAAAAUUCCUUGCAAAAAUUGCACAGGAAUAUAUUGUUCGAAUUCUCAUAUUAGAGUUUAUAAAAGUGACAUAAGUGAUCAAAAUGUGCACUACUACCAUUUAGUUAAACCUAUUGAAUACCAACACAUUGUGAACAAGUCUUCUGAACAUAGUCAUAAAGCCAUUCCAGAGAUAUUUCUUACUCGCCUCUUAUCUACAAAAGGUACAGUCCAUAAGUUUGUUGAUGAUUUCUUUAGUACCGUAUUAACUGUAAACGAAGUUUUGCCGCCAGCUGUGAAAUGGUUAUUUGAUCUUUUCGAUGAUGCGGCCAGGGCACAUGGCAUUAUAAACCCGGAAGUCGUUCAUGCCUGGAAAUCAAAUAGCUUACCUUUAAGAUUCUGGGUUAACUUAAUAAAAAAUCCCGAUUUUAUAUUUGAUAUAAAUAAAACUGCAACUGUAGAUUCCUCUUUGUCUGUGAUUGCUCAAACGUUUAUGGAUGCAUGUUCAUUAUCAGAGCAUCGAUUGUGUAAAGAUUCGCCAUCCAAUAAGUUACUUUUCGCAAAAGAUUUGCCAACUUAUAGAGACAUGGUCAUACACUUUUAUCAGGCAGUAUCUCAAUUACCUCAAGUAUCCGACCAAGAACUUAGUACUUCUAUGCAGCAGCUUUCAGUUGAACAGCUAAACGAGUUUGAUACUCUAUCGGCUUUAAAAGAGUUAUACAUCUAUGUCAGUAAAUAUAGAGAACAAAUUAUAUUAGGUCUAGAAAACAAAAUGCACUUAGCUCAUAAAUUAGAUAAUGUAGCGUGCACUUUGGAAGGCGAUCCUGCGGCUGUAUGCUGACUAUAUGAUAAUUUAAGUUAUGAUUUAAUUGCAUUUACAUAAUUAAUUUAUACAACACAAAUUUUGUACAAAGAGCUUUAAUUUAUUCUGAAAAUUAAAUAUCAGAUAAAACGGAUUUUGUAAAAAGACUGUAAAAUAUCAGUUCCGAGACUAUUGUAAAAGUAUCUAAAUAAUAUGUUACUCAAAUGGAUAUUAUUAGAAAUUAAGAUUAAUUGUAAGCAUCUCUCAUUAUGCCACAAGCAGUUUUAAAUAAUUUCCGUCUCAUGAACUUAGGGUAACGAUUGGCUCUUAUAGUAGUGAUUCCUUUUCCCAGUGGCCAUGUUUUAGAAUGUAUCUAUGAUUUUGUAGAUUUAAGUUUAAAGGCUCUCUAAUAAAGUACCUAAAUACUUCGUUUCCCUGAAUUUAGUUCUGGCACUGAUAUGAAUACGUAUAACAAUGUAAAUUUAUUGAUGUAUGCAGCUAAAAUACUUAAUAUUGACGUGUAUUACUAUAAGAUGUAUGUGUAAAGAGAAAUAGUUUAAGAAAAAUGUUGUGAUAUUUGUAUUUGGAAUAUUUAUAACACUUCUCAUAUAUAUUUAAUUUUAUGGAUAGCAUUUUGUUCUCACUUUUAUUAAUUAGGUACUUUAGCAACCUCAAGUGGCCUAACCAGAUUAGGCUAGUCCAAAUUCAAAUUUCCGACAGAAAAAGUUUUAUGUCGUUGAUACAUAUAUGUGUAUAUACAUAUUUGAUUUUUUUAACAUAAUUCAUCUUCUUUAUUUGAUUUUACUGCUGCUAUUGAACAUUUAAUAAUCCGAGAUUUUUAAUUUGAAAUUGUUGCAAAUAGUAUUUUUUUUACUUAAGUUUUUAAAUACCUUAACUAAAUUAUCAAACAAUGUUUUAGGAUACCUACUUUUUUUUUAAAGGUCCAUCAAACAUUAGAAAUUAAGAACUGAUUAGAUUUUAUCCUUAUGUAAUUUUAUAUAAAUUAUUAUAAAUAUAUAUUAUUGCAUUAGAUACCUACUUUUCUAUGCACACACUGCCACAAUUUUUAUAUUUUUGUAUGAACUGUCUUUAUUUUUUCCGUUAAUUAAUUGCAGUUUAAUCUAUCUGGUUCAAUAGUUAUAAACCAUAAAGAUUAAAAGGAAGUAAAUACAUUUUCAAGUCUUAUUAAUAACGUAUUAGUAAAGACACUGUACUUAAUUAAUUACAUUGUUUUGAUCGAUAAGUUCUUGUUAAUAAGACAUCAAGGCAAAUGCCAUCCUCAUAAUUGGCAUUGUAAUCCACUAUUUACUAAUCUUACAUUUUCAUUUACCCAUAAUUUUCAAUGUAUAAACUUCCAAAAUUCACAAAGCAAAAAUUGUAUAUUAUAGCGUAGGUGUAUGAAUUAAAAUGUCUACUUACAUUAAAAAAAUGUCUUCAUGAAUUAUCGCUGUUAAUUUUGUGUCGAUCUCUUUGUUAUUGCUCAAGUUCAAUGUUAAUGCAUUGUAUAGUUUUUUGUACCACACCAUUGAUGAUGCACUCCAUUUAUUAUUAAAAUUAAUGUACUAUUUAUAUGGGAGUAUGGGACAGCCGUUGUCGAACUACGUGAUUAUUUAGGUAACAGCAAUUGUUAUUGGCUUAAUUUGUUAGAACAUCAUGUUUCGAUCUUCCUAGUUACGGGACCCGCUCUUUACCCGCCUGCCACUUCGAUACGCGUUGUGUUCUUUCAACUUCGAAAAUAAUGUAAGUCAGUAUUUGUGAAGUUUUAAUGAAGCAGCUUUCAUAACUCAAAAUCCUUUUAGAGGUUUUCGCUUGAUGCUUCAACAAGCGGACUGACACUAAAAAAGUAAUAUCGAAUCCAAAAAGAAUCUCAAGAAUUGACCGCCCCGACCAAAAAGUUUGGACUACUUACUGUACGCACGAGCUUACUUGGUCUGACUGAAAUAAAUUGAAAUAUCUUUUUUAAUAAUUAAAUCGUAUUUGUACCUACAUGCGCUAACUACUCCAACAGCCAACUUCACGCCGGCAGAGUAAGAUGUGUAAUGUAAUCUGUAUAAAUCGAUGAUAUUAUCCAACAUAUUUAAAAAUGUAGACCGGACGGUCCGGUCCGAUCAUAACGCAUCUGAUCAAAGUCUCGAGCUAGGCCGUGGGUAGUCGUCCAUCAAUUUAUAUAAAUUAUUAGUUUGUUUCUCAAAUGUUUUUCGUGUACCUCCCGGUAGAUCGAAGCUGGGUUGAUAGAUUGUUCGAUGACGGUGGUUCAAAGCCCAAAGGAUAAGCAUGAUAUGGAUGAAUUUCAUGUUUAUAAAGGAUGACAUUAUGAUAUUCCAUUUACAAAAUAAUUUAAGCUUAGAAAAUAAUUCGUUAGUAAUUUAAGACAGCGUAAAUUCACCCGUCUCUUAAAAAUUUUAUAUAAUUGACUUAGAAAUAUAUACUUAUUUAUCAAAUUUUUUGUAAUGAUUAAUUUAAUUAAUGA